UAUCCAUUGAUGACGCCUCGUCACACCCAAUAAUUCACAUGGUAUGGAAAUGCAGUCACAGGAGAGAUGCUCCCGAUGUUUAUACGUGUGUACUCUCCUGACCUCUCCUCACACACCGACAUCAACGUACCAUUGUUCCUGAGAGCCCUCCGCCACACCCAACAUUACUUGAGCUUGCAGUGGGAGCUCCUCGCGCGAGCAUGGAUCUCGUGACGGGGGCCAUCGGCAGCAUCAUCUCCAAGCUGGCCGAGCUCCUCGCGGCGGAGUACAAGCUGCAGGCGGGCGUGAAGCAGCGGAUCCAGUCUCUCACAAGGGAGCUCGAGAGCGCACACGCCUUCCUCCAAGAGAUCGACAAGGUGCCCCCGGACCAGCUCAACAACCAGGUCAAGAUCUGGGCCUGCGAGGUCAGGGACGCAUCCUACGACAUGGAGGACGUCCUCGACACCUUCCUCAUCCACGCCAAGGAUCCCAACCCCGUCAACAAGAACAAGAACAUGCUCAAGCGGCUGAAGGAGAAGAUCGAUACCUUGUUUAGCAAGACCAUGGCUCGCCAUGACAUUGCCAACGCGAUCGAGGAGGUCAACAAGAAGCUCAAAGAGAUCGCCGAGCGGCGUCAGAGGUACAAGAUCGACGAUUGCGUGGCUAGUCCUGCCACACCGUCCUCGUGUAUUGAUCCGCGCAUCGCGCCGGUUUACAGUACCAGCGCGUCCAUGCUCAUUGGCAUCGAUGAGUCCAAGGAAGCAGUCAUAAAGAUGUUGUCCCACGAUGACAUGAAGACAAGGGUUGUCUCUGUUCUUGGAUUUGGAGGACUCGGCAAGACCACUCUUGCCAAGGCAACAUAUGACCAGCUUAAACAAAACUAUGAGUGUGGGGCUUUUGUUUCCGUUGGCCGGAAUCCGGACUUGGUGAAAGUUUUUAAGGACAUUCUCUACGAUCUUGACAAAGUUUUUAAGGACAUUCACUCUACACAAAAAGGUGCAGAUUUGCUCAUCCGCCAACUCCUAGACUUCCUACGAGACAAGAGGUACCUAAUUGUCAUUGACGACGUAUGGGAGACACAAUCUAAGAAGAGAAUCAUAGAUCAGGUUUUGAGUACUCAGAAUAAUAAAGGAAGCAGAAUAAUAAUAACCACUCGUAAUUCAGAAGUUGCCACUGGUGAUGAGGUAUACAAAUACAAGCUACAACCGCUUUCGGAUGAUAACUCAAAAGAGUUAUUUUAUGCAAGGAUCCCUGAAGAUAAAUGUCCUGAUAAUCAACGACCGAAGGUAUCUGAAGUAGUUGAUAAAAUUCUGAAAAAAUGUGGUGGUGUACCUUUAGCUAUCAUCACAAUGGCUAGCUUACUGGUGGGAAAAUCAAUGCAAGAAUGGUUUGAGGUGUGCAACUCUAUUGGUUUUCGUGAUAAAGAUAAAGAGCAAGUAGAUGAUACUCUGUGGAUACUGUCUCUUAGCUACUAUGAUCUCCCUUCUCACCUGAAGACUUGCUUACUGUAUCUAAGCUUAUUUCCAGAAGAUUAUUUGAUUAAAAAGGAUGCUUUGAUAUGGAUGUGGGUAGCUGAAGGUUUUGUCAAUGAGAAACCAGGAAUCGGCUUGUAUGAGAUUGGGGAGGGAUACUUCAACAACCUAGUUAACAGAAGUUUGAUCCAGCCAGUGGAGGAUGAAGAAACCAAAAUCAUAAAUGGAUGCCGUAUCCAUGAUAUGAUUCUUGAUCUCAUCCGUUCCUUGUCCCGUGAAGCAAACUUUGCCAUGGUAUUCGACAACCGUACUGAAGACACAUUGUUAGGAAGCAAUGCACGUAGGUUAGCUCUCCACAAUGAUGCUCCUCUGAACAAUCAUACGGACACAGCACGAGCAUGGUCUUUCUUUGCUUUUAUGCGCCAUUCUGUUCCAAGGGUCCAGUUUCGGAGCUUUAAACUCUUACGCGUGCUAUAUUUGGAGAGCAUCUUUCAUCGUUUACCCUUCUAUGAGCAUAUUGGAGAUUUACUUCAUUUGAGGUACCUCGGGACAAGCCGGUCCUCCUAUGAGGAUUUGGAGCUUCCAAAAGAAGCAGCUUUCAAGUUUCUUCGGGUGUUGUAUUUGGAUGACAACAUCCUAAGUGCAAGUGAGCAUCCAAGGGAAUUAUUACCAUCGAGCGUGGGCAUGCUAACACAAUUGGUAUGCCUACGUGCUGUGGAUUAUAGCCUGCCGGGUGAGGAAAUCAAGAACCUGACGUCCCUGCAGGAGUUGCACAUACGUCCUGGCACGUGGGGCGAUGAAAAGUCAAUCGGCCAGUUUGUGAAAGAUCUGGGCAACCUACGUGAACUCAGGGCGCUCAGGAUUUUUACUGGCCAUUUCAAGGACAAGAGAAUGCAAUCGGACUUCGUGAAUUCACUAGGAAAUCUCCACAACCUGCAACGUCUGCAACUGUUCGGUGCGAGUGUAACUAUCGAAGAUGGAGAAGGAGCACGGGAGAACAAAUGGCAGCUCCCGCUCCCGCUCCCGCGAGGACUCUGCCAUUUGGUUCUGGACACGGUCCCUGAAUUGCCGCCAUGCAUUGAUCCAACGCGUCUCCCCAACCUCUCCCACUUGACCCUGACUGUCGAUGAGAUGGGUGACCAGGGUCUGAAAAUCUUGGGAGAGUUGCCAGAGCUCCAUUACCUCAAGCUCACGCUGUCCACGAGAUGCCGCAGCAAGGCAACGAUAACUGGUACUGCCGCUCAUGGCUACUUUCGGAAGUUGAGAUCCUGCGAGUUGCCUUUUUCAACGGUCCAGUUUGUGGUCAACGAGGACUCGAGUGUUUCAUUCACAAUCUCGACUCGAGUGUUUCAUCAUUCACAAUUUCGUUUUAAAAAGAAACAGGACAACUGCAGAGUAGCAGGUGCCCUUAUGCCAAACCUGGAAGUGCUCAGCUUUCGCAACGACGUGGAAGAAUUAACCGACUGCAAUCUGGGCUUGGAGUGCCUCCCUUCGCUUCAGAAACUAACAGUAGUUCUUCUCACCGGUUGGGGGCUGCCUGAUGAUGUGGCCAAUAAUCUGACCGGCAGAGUGGAGGCUGCACUGAGGCACACAAUCCAAGCCCAUCCCAACCGGCCCACACUCGAAAUUGACCGCUAUGAUUAUUGCUACAAUUCUAGCGAAUCAGACAAUGAUGAUAGUUAUUGAAUCAAGAGGAAGAAGAAGAAGAAGAACAAGAUCAAGAGGAGGAUGAGGAGGCGACACCAUUGGAAGAUAGCUAUUGAAUCGCUUCAGUUCGAUUCCACCAAACCACCCUGCAUGCACCUACGUGUUUUCUUUAGCUGCUGCUUCGAGUUCUUCUUCCUUCUUUCAGUUGCUACAUAUGUUCGUUUUGUGGCUGCUUCAGUGACAUAAUCUAUAGGCAGUCAAUCGCUGUUCAAUACUAUUUCAAGAUUCGCAUGGAUGGACUCCGUUUCUGCGUAGCAUUAUCUUCGACUCUAUUUCUAUUGUUUGGAUAACCCUACCAUUGGAUUCUGUUGGUAUCAAACUCCCUUUUGUGUCUGAGUUAGUGUGAGAGUGUAAUAAGAGGCUGAUGUCUCUCUUGUGUCUGUCCUUGAUGGCUGAGGUCGUGGAUUUCAGUCCCCCUCCCCCCUUCACCCACCCCAUCCACCUUUUCUUUUUUUAAUGCCAAGUUGUUCGUGUUGUAAGGUUCUUUAAAUACUGUGAACUCAUCCUUGUUUGGUUCUGUUUUUGACCCAUGAGCAAUGCUAUAGUAUUCUAAGCAUGACUGUGGACCAUCUAUUUAGUAAAUUCGAAUGGAUAAGAAGACCUAUUACCUCCA